AGCAGGAUGGCCCAGCAGCGCCACACCGUGCCCCCACCGCUCAAGACGGAGGAGGACUACAUCCCCUACCCCAGCGUGCACGAGGUGCUGGGCCGGGAGGGGCCCUUCCCCCUCAUCCUCCUGCCGCAGUUUGGGGGUUACUGGAUCGAGGGCACCAACCACCAGCUCAGCGGGGCACCCGAGUCGCCCCCGGCCCCUGGCACCAGGGUGAAGCUUGAGGGCAACCACACAGCCAAGAUCUACCGCAAGCACUUCCUGGGCAAGGAGCACUUCAACUACUACUCCCUGGACCCUGUGCUGGGCCACUUGGUCUUCUCCCUCAAGUACGACGAGCAGGAGCACCUCCACCUGCUGCUGCGCACCCGCACCCGCACUCUGCACGAUGUGGUGCCCAUCUCCUGCCUGGCUGAGUUCCCCAACGUGGUGCAGAUGGCCAAGCUGGUGUGCGAGGACGUCAAUGUGGAUCGCUUCUACCCUGUGCUCUACCCCAAGGCCUCCCGCCUCAUCCUCGCCUUCGACGAGCACGUGCUCAGCAACCACUUCAAAUUUGGGGUCAUCUACCAAAAACUGGGGCAGACCUCCGAGGAGGAGCUCUUCGGCACGACGGAGGAGAGCCCUGCGUUCGCCGAGUUCCUGGACGUGCUGGGGCAGAGAGUGCAGCUGAGGGACUUCAAAGGGUUCCGGGGGGGGCUGGACGUGACCCACGGGCAGACGGGCAGUGAGUCUGUCUACUGCCACUUCCGCGACAAGGAGAUCAUGUUCCAUGUCUCCACCAAGCUGCCCUACACCGAGGGGGAUGCCCAACAGCUGCAGCGGAAGCGUCACAUCGGCAACGACAUCGUGGCCGUCGUCUUCCAGGACGAGAACACUCCCUUCGUCCCCGACAUGAUCGCCUCCAACUUCCUCCACGCCUUCGUAGUGGUGCAGCUGGAGCAGGCCAGCACCCAGGGCACCCUCUACAAGGUCUCCGUCACCGCCCGGGACGAUGUGCCCUUCUUUGGCCCACCGCUGCCCGACCCUGCCGUCUUCAGGAAGGGCCCUGAGUUCCAGGAGUUCCUGCUGACCAAGCUGAUCAACGCCGAGUACGCCUGCUACAAGGCAGAGAAGUUCGCCAAGCUGGAGGAGCGGACCCGAGCGGCGCUGCUGGAGACGCUGCAUGAGGAGCUGCAGGCCCGCAGCCAGGCCAUGCUGGGGCUGGGCCCCGACGACGACCGCCCUGAUAACGGCUCCGCCGCCCCGGGCUUCUUCGAGUCCUUUAAGUCGCUGCUGGUGCCCGGGAGCCGGCGCGGACGCCGUGGCAGCGCCAUCGGGCUGGGCUCGGUGGAAGAGGCGCUGCUGGUGCCCGGGAAGAGCCCUUCGCGGCGGCGGCCCGGCCCGCUCGGCUCCCGCCGCUCCAGCGCCAUCGGCAUCGAGAGCAUCCAGGAGGCACCGGCCGGCAGGGACGGCCCCGCCGCCACCCCCGAAGGCAGCAGCUCCGCACACAGCUCCCCGGAGAGCCGCCGGCACGCCGACAGGGCUGAGAAGCCAGAGCCGGUGGCUUUCUCCCGCUCGUCCUCCAGUGCCAGCAGCUUUGGCAGUGCCACUGAGGAGCCCAGCGAGCCAGGCAGGGGGAGCCGCUCACCCCCGGGCAGCCACCGCGAGGCCUUCGACACCCCCUGGCCGGACGACCCCCCCGAGACCCCCCCAGGCCGCCGCCCCCCCGACCCCCCCUGCCCUGAGAUCAAGAUCCAGCUGGAGCAGCCCCCCCCGACCCCGGCAUUGCCCCUCCCUUCCCCGCCCCCCCCGGACCCCAUCCCCCUUUUCAACGCCGGUGGCCAACCCAGCCGUGGGGAGCGGCACUUGGCUGGCAGCCCCGGUGGGCACCGGCUUGGUGCCAACUCCUCAGCCAAGACAAACUGA